AUGUACGGUAUUCCUAGUUCAAUGGAGUUCGAAAAGGAGUCACCACUGCCAUCACCAUCAGCGCCUCCAUAUCCACCACCGCUUCCACCGUCGCCUCCGUUAGUGGUUACUCCAGCCACUAACUGUCAGAUACCAUUAAACAAAUCUAAGCCAUCAAAUCCUCCAACUGCUCCCAAUCCAGAUUCUCAUUCUCCUGUGCCAUGGUCCACAGGCCUUUGUGAUUUUUGCGACGAUUGCAACAGUUGUUGCUUAACAUGUUGGUGUCCAUGUGUAACAUUUGGUCGAAUUGCAGAAAUGGUUGACAGAGGAUCCACUUCAUGUGGAUUGAGCGGAGCACUUUACAUGUUGAUAUUGUGCGUAACGGGUUGUUCCUGCAUGUACUCGUGCUUUUAUAGAUCCAAAUUGAGAGGACAAUAUUUCUUAAAGGAAAGCCCUUGCACUGAUUGUUGUAUCCAUUGUUGCUGCGAAGAAUGUGCAUUGUGCCAAGAGUAUCGUGAGCUCAAAAACCGUGGUUUCGACAUGUCCAUAGGGUGGCAUGGAAACAUGGAAAGGAAUAAAAGAAUGGCUGCUGCAAUGCCUCCAACAAUAGAAGGCGGCAUGUUUAGAUAG